AUGUGCAACUUCAACCUUCUCUGUCAGGUGCAACGACGAUCAAAACCGCUGAUGCUCAAUGUUAAAGCCGAAGCCUAUACAAUGCGGCCGCUGGCCUGGCUUGAUCGUGAGCUUGAAGAAGCUUCGGCAACGGUAGUUGGGAAUGCAUUUGCAUUGUCGUCAAUGGUAUCAUUUUCACCUCUUUACUUGCCAUUUGCUUCAGGCGAAAGUCAAAGCAAAGGAUUAGUGCCUUUACUGCUUUAUUGUCCAGGCACAUCGUUCUCCAGCGCUGCCGACGACUGUGUUAGUCGGCUCACAGCCUCCAUGUCAGCUGGCCAGAUUAGCCUGCAGUCGUUAGGCCAUCCUGACCAAUGCCUGGGCUUCGGUCGAAUGGAACCAGGUGAGCAGCAUGAGCGACGUGUGGUGUUGGCUAACUUGGGUCGUUUCACAUUCUCGUAUCUUUGGCUGCUGACGCCACGAUUGCCUCAACGCCAGGAUAAUGAAAUGACUACCGGUGGGCAGACGCUAUCAAAAAUGAGCUAUCGUUUGGCUCAAACAGUGAUCAAAAAAGGUAGCAAUUUGGCCAGAAAUGAAGAAUCAGGAGAAGAGAAGCCCGAAGUGUCCGACGCCUCCGAAACUGAUGCUCAGCUGCCCGGUCUCUGGAUGGAGCCUAGUGAAGGCCGGCUGGCGCCUGGAGAGCGAGUCACUUGUGUGGCAAAGUUGCAAGUACCUAAAAGACUGUUACACCUCUCUACCAGCUCCACUUGCACAUCGGCUGCCGUCCUAGGUACCAAUAAGUCAAACAAUGCUGAUACUCACAAUUGUGACUCGAAGCAGACAUUAAAAAAGUGUCGAGAAGUGAGUCGAUGCGAUCCUUCUCUCAGCAAUGGAUUGGGUACGAGGCCACUCAGUCAACGACGUCGUCUCUGUCUGGAUGGUUUAAUAGCCGCCUAUUUAGCCAUUUCUGACGGCCCUGUGUUUGGUAUGCCUGUGUCAGCUGAGAUCGUCAACCCUCCAGUCCACUUCUCUACACGACGUAUUGACUUUGGAUUCCAACUUGUAUCAUUGGGUCCAGGAUUUGAGCCAGCAUGGCACUCCUUCUGGUUAGUUAACACCAGUCAGACGCACUCAGUCAGCAUUGAAUGCUUGCCUUCCGAGAAGGAGGAAGAAGAUGAGCCAGUAUUCAAGCAAUCUUUGCUGCCUACUGUACUUCAACCACAACCUGAAGCUUCGGCGUUAGAUGAUCUAGUCCGAACAAGACAGCCUGGAGAUGCGAAAACGGUUGGCUAUUGUCAAGCUGUCUGUAUCACCUUUUCGCCUAGUCGACGUGGCCAGUUCAGCGAGACGUAUCUGUACGAGGUGAAUGGUGCGGCAAUUUAUUCAGUCGAAGUGACAGGUUUCGGUGUUGAACCCAAGUUUGACAUCGAGUUGGGACCCCUUGUGGUUGGAAAAAUGGGAACAACCUACAGUCGCCUUCAGAGCACGUCCAAAGUGUCAGUAAAGCAGGGCAUUUCUCAAGUACUGAUGUCGGGUACUGGCAACAGCCGCUCAUGUCUUCAAGGUCCCAUAGACCUUGGCCAACCUCAACUCGGUCAGGAGGCGUGUCGUUUGGUCAACCUUGUCAACAGAAGCGCAGCUCAACUCUUGCUCCUUGGGCAGGGUGUUGUCAUUAUGCCGAGCAGGCCGGAUUUAAUGCCAUCUGUCUCUAGGGAGCCGGCUGUGCUUGAAGCGCGUCUAAGUCAGAAGGAGACAGAUAAACGUUAG